AUGAAAGGCGCUUCCACUACCUUGCGGUCAGCAUUCUCCUUCUGCGUACAACAAGUCCGAACCUAUGACUACCACCACUACCUCUGCCUUCUCGAGCUUCCUCCCGACAUGCGAAAGGCAGCUUUUGCACUCCGUGCCUUCAACGUGGAAACUUCCAAAGCCAUGGACGUCGCAUCAGAUCCCAGAAUUGGUCUCAUGCGCCUUCUAUGGUGGCAAGAAGCAAUUGACAAGAUAUAUUCCAGCAAGUCAAUCGAGCAGCCAGUCGCACAAGCCCUCGCAUCAGUAAUCUCCGACCACAAAAUCAGCAAAGGAUGGCUGAAACGUUCUGUCGAGGCAAGGAUCAACGACGCAAGGAGAGAUCCCAAUGACAUCCCAAACUCCAUAUCCGAGCUGGAAAAAUAUGCUGAGGACACCGUAUCCACCCUUCUGUACACAACCCUUCAAUCCGGUGGCAUCAGGUCUACUGCAGCUGACCACGCUGCGUCCCACAUUGGUAAGGCGAGUGGGCUACUCUUGCUUCUCAGGUCGUUGCCGUAUCAUGCAAGCAAGAGCCGUCAGGGCUCGUAUAUACCAAUCGAGGUGGCGUUGAAACAUGGGUUGUUGGUUAAAGAAGGAGGGAGGUCAUACGUUCAAUUGGAAUCACGGGAGGGAAGUUUGAGCGAUGCUGUGUUUGAGAUGGCGUCCGUGGCGAAUGCUCAUCUGGAGAAGGCUCGUCAGUUGGCUGGAACGGUGCCUGUUGAGGCUCGUCCGGUGCUGUUGCCUUCUGUUCCUGCCCAAGUUCUGUUGGAUACUCUGAGGAAGGUGGAGUUUAAUGUGUUUGAUCCGAGGUUGUCGCGAGGGAUCCUUGGCGUGCCGCCGUUGUGGUACCAGAUGAAAGUAAAGUGGCAUUCCUGGAGGAGGAAAUACUGA